AGCAAAGCAAAAUUAGAAGAGAAAAAGCACAUAAAUAUCAACGAUUGCCGUUGUUUGUUCAUUAUUUGACGUUUUUCCUUUCAGGUUUCAAUAAAGCAAGCAUCAUAAUGUCGUUGCAAUCGGACGCCGUGUUCCAGAAAAUCAUCGAUGGACUGAAGGAUAAUGCUGCCAAAGCAAAGGCUGUCAAUGGAGUAUUUUUGUACAAAAUCACUAAGGACGGAAAAGUGGUCAAGGAGUGGACUCUCGACUGCAAGAGCGCCAAGGCGUACGAGGGACCUGCCCAAGGCGUCAAGGUCGACACCACACUGACGGUUUCCGACGAGGACAUGGUUGACAUUGCCCUUGGCAAACUCAAUCCCCAGGCAGCGUUCAUGAAAGGCAAGCUGAAGAUUGCCGGCAACAUCAUGUUGACCCAAAAACUGGCGCCUCUGCUGAAAACGGACGCCAAAUUGUAAA